ACACUUUGACUCUUAGCGACUUCCAAUUGCCAAAGCAACAUAUUCUCUCUAAGAUCGUUAUGCAAAUGGCACGGGGAGAGAGGAUAAAUCUCUGAAAAUAUUUGUGAAACGACAAAAAAAAGUGAUGAAAAUAAAGGAAUUACCGCAGAGAUGGCAUCACCGAGGUGUGAUGUCACAUACCUAUAGGUUCAUGAUGCCGAUUAGGGAGCACUGAGUUAUCAACACAAUCACACGCUCGAAGGCCGACGCUUUAAUUAUUCACAAAUUUGAGAAGUUUGGCAACACAGCACCUAAGCACAAAUAAAGUGCUAGUGAGACCUUAAACGGAAAGAGACAAAACUCCAUUUUGAUUUCAACUUUUCAAAAAUAUAGGAAGUUUGGAAUUGUGCACAGUGAAAUAAACUAUAUAACCAUAUUGAAUGAUGUGCAUAGUUUUUUCCGUAAAGCAAACGCAAAUCUGGACUGAAAAGGAGGGGUAUCGGUAAGGGCCGAUUUUGGCCCCACUUCAAAAAAUCAUCUGAACCCAUAUUUUAAGAACCCUAGGGUAGGUGCAUUCUGGCGCAAAAUAUUUUUGCGAUUGUGCAUCGUUUUCCUGCCAAAACAGCCGACUCAAUUUUUCGGCUUUAGUUCUACCACGCCUUUAGUUCAAGGAGCUUACAGUCAUAUCAUGCGGAAAGCAGUGAAUACGAAUAACCUCAUUUUAGGUCUGCCUGAACACUAAGUCUCGGUUGUUCAUCGUCGAACCCAUAGUGGAGCAUGGAUUUGUUCAGCUACCCAUCUCGUGUAAUUUUCUAAUCCCCGAGAAUUUGGACUUGAUGGACUUGACCUUCGAUUCAAACACAGUUUGGUGUUUGUGUCGAACAAGUGAAGGAGAGACUGUUGUUCACAGCAUCAACCUACUAACUGGUCAGUGGCAGAAGACGGAUUUGGAGACCAAUCCAAAACCUCUGAACUCAUUUUUAAGCACAGCAAAUCUUGAUCCUCGACUGGUCUACCUUCAAUACAUCUUUGAUCACAGUCACUUCUCUGUCAAUGAUAUUUCCAAGGCUCUUGGAAUGCUGUGUAAACCAGAGGACAGAGACAACAGUUUGUCCCUGAAACAACAAGUAGAAGUCGCAAUUGAAAAUGAAAUCCAAAUGGACGUCUCCGACUAUGAAUUAACUGAUGAAGAUUACAUCGACAUCGCCGAAAAAUGCUGGAACAAAUUUUAUUCUUGCUGCGUUCAGUAUCAUCAGACAUCUAGCGUCCCCUUAGGAAUCAUUUGGCUCCACUCCAUGUCCUGUGUGGUCUUAAUAAAAAAGAAUGGAUUUUCUAUCUUGCGCAACAAAGAAUACUUGGAAUCUAUCAUUGCCAACAAGCAAUUCUAUGCAACUUGCUUUGAGCGACUCGUCAAUGCUCUAGCGUCACUGGAGUUAGAUUAUGAGUUGAAUGUCAAAUUCGAUCAAGCCCUUCAUGGACUUCUACCAUUAGAUUCUACAAUUGCUCUAAUUGCUGGGCAGAUCUCACGAGAUGACAAGUUUCUUUCGGAAGCAGAGUGGCUGUCUAACAAUGAUCAGUUGUCCGUUUCACUCGUAAAAUUAGUCAGUCUUUUAAAGGAGCCUGAAACAUUUGAACCUGUUCCAUGCAUUCAAAACACCUUAAGGAGUUCGCUAGGUGUGACAACGGUCGCUGCAUGUUUAAACCAAGUCGUCUCAUUACGGCUUCUGUUGAGCCGUAAUGUGCUCGUGUUUCUCCAGCUCAUGGGAUCUCCAGAACUUGCUACCUCACUUCUUGAGGAUUUAAUCCCCAUUUGUCAAUCUUACUGGUUGCUGCAGUGGUUCGGACGGCAAUCAAUAACAGCUGAAUAUUUAGCAUCAACGUCAGGCAUUGCGCAGCCUUCACUGAUGGAUACAGUAUCUUCACUUGCGCAUCACCUUUGGCCAGCAAAGAAGAGUGCAAAUGUAGCCGAGUUCCUUUUGGGUUUGAACAAGCCUGUUUUAGUACAAGAACUCGCUCGCCUUACUGAUUCCAAAUCCUGGAGAAUAAUCCUAGCCCAAGUUUACUUGCAAAUGGGAGACGCAUUCAAAGCCUACGACAAAAUCACGGCCGAAGCGAACACCUCAGCAACAUUCUUGAGGAUGAUCCAGUUGUUUGAGAAGCACAAUUACUCGGACAUAGUAAUUGAACUUGCAGACACUGCCAUCAGUCAAGCAGAACUCGAUGACCCAGAACUCCCUACUCUUCAUUCGCUUCUGUUUUUGCACCAUCUAAAGCUGUGUCACUAUACUGCUGCUUUCACCAGUCUGAGGAGCAAUCCUGAUCCUGAGCGGCUGUCCGACUGUUUGCGGCAGCUGGUUGUUGCGCUCAUUCAAAAUGCUCGGUUGGACAUUUUGCUCUCGCUACCGUUCGGCAGUCUGUUACCUCAGCUGGAAUCGAUUAUGAUCUCAAGAGCCCGCUCACUACCCACUGAGCAAGCAGCGCUGUAUUACUCGUUUUUAUAUUCUCUGCAUAUCAAGUUUGAUAACCUCAAGAAAGCUGCAACAGUUAUGUUUGAACAAGGUUUACGAGCAGAGGAUCCUGAAAUUCAGCGUCAAUGCUACGCAAUUUGUCUUAAUUGUCUGUAUCUAGUCAACCCCAAUAAUGCUUGGAUUUUGAAACCCAAAGAAGAUGAGGUCGAGGAGAUAAUUGAAGUUCUUGAAUUGAAGGACAUAAGGCAAGAAUAUGAGCUAGCAACGGCAAAAAUCAAGCUAUCAAUGGCAAAUACUGGAACAUACCCACAAGAACUGGUAUCGAUGCUUAUCCACAAUGGAUUCUACAAAAAUGCUCUUCGAAUUUGUCACUUAUGCAACUUGAGUUACAGCCCUGUUUUAGUUUCGUUAGCGGCAGCUUGUGUUGCAUUACCACAUCAAGUUGAUCCAUGGAGUUGGCUUGUCCGGAAUGAAAUUUCAGAACUGGUCGCUGGUGACUCAAAUGCUUGCACUGUGGCGUGGAGACUCCUUGAGUGUCUUCUUCAGAAGUAUGAGAAGGAUAAUCAAACGGUGUUGCAUAAAUCUGUAGCUGAUAAAUUGAUGUCUUGUAACGUCUUUUUGCCUCAUUGGCUAGAAACUUCUUACAAGAAACGUAAUGCCAGUGAACUCCUGAGACUCUAUCUAAACUAUGGAGACUUGAAACAGGCCAGCACUUUAGCACGUGACCUUUUCCUUGCGGCACUUGGUUGUGGAACGGAGCAUUUCUCAUUGGCAGGACCUCUUGUUGUUGCUUCUCCGUCCUUAGGUCUACCAAUAGAAACAAUUGACUUGCUUUUAUUGGAGCUGUCACACCAUAAUAAGGAUGAAGCUAAGGAUCUAGAAUCAGUAUUGGAAAAAUACAUUACCACUGCCAUGAAAGCCACAGCCGAUACGAAAGCCUUGUAUGGAUGCUAGUCCGACCAAUUGUUAAUUGAGUACUCAAAGUAAUCUUGUGUAUUAUAAUGUACAGAGUAAAAUACAUUUUUUAUAACUUUAAGUUUAGUCGUAAGACUGUAAAUACUUUCAUAGACAGCAUGGAGAAGUGUUUAAAUGAGGGAAUAAAACCAAUUUUUAAAUAAUUCCUGA